ACGAGUCUAAAGGCUGCGCAGGAAGGGCCGACUCGUUACUCGGAGCUCAGGGGUCGGGGAAUCUCUGGAUCUGCACUUGGAGUCCCCCAUUAACCUAGAAAAGGGGGAGAUCACCUACACCAACUGCCUGGAACCCGUGUACUGAAUUCUCUCUCCCUCCGGCUGUUCCUGCAGGAACCCCCCGCCCUGGAGCUUUUGGGCUGGAAUUAGUUUCACUUAUGUCCCAGCAGUGACCCCCGGCUAAUUCACACAGGAGAACUUGAGCCACAGAGGAGAAACCAUCACAUCUGUCCUGAAAACCGGGAAGGAAAGAGGAUCCCAACUAUGGAUAAGAGGGGCCCCAUCGUAACCCUUUGCCUGCUGCUGCUGAUCUCCAAGAUAUCGGCAGAAGACGUUUGCGAGAGUGGCCUCUACACAAACAGCGGCAAAUGCUGUUCCUUGUGCCCAGCGGGAUUCGGGGUGGUGGUUCCCUGCGGAGAUUCAGAUACUAAGUGUGAACCCUGCAUAGAGAACUCUACUUUCUCUGAUGUCAGAAGCGCCAAGUCAAAGUGCCAGCCAUGUUUAACCUGCCAAAGUCCGUCUCUGACGCUAGAAUCCAACUGUACCCGCGAGCAGGAUACCGUAUGUCGUUGCCCAGAGAGGCAGUAUCUGGACAGCAAUGGCAUUUGUCUCCCAUGCCAGCUAUGCUCUAAGGGGCAUGGAGUUGUCUCUCAAUGUACUCACAAUAAAAACACUGUGUGCCAAUUGUGCUCAAGCGGCUUCUACUCAGAGGUGAAAAGUAGUGAAUCCCCUUGCCUGCCCUGCCGGACUGAAUGCAAAGAAACCGAGGUGCAGAUAGGAGAUUGCGUGCCGCAACAUGACAUUCUGUGCAUGGAUAAAGACGUUCCCAUCCUCAAACGCACUGAAGGUGGUGAGAACGGCACUGCUGCGGGGUCCCCCCACUUCAUCCCACAGGACAACAGCAAGAACAUCAUUCCCGUGUACUGCUCCAUCUUAGCAGCCGUGGUGGUUGGACUUAUUGCUUACGUGGCGUUUAAGUGCUAUACUACCUGCAAACAGAAGAAGCAGUUGGCCAAAGCCAGAGCUGGAGAAUUGGCUACAUCCACCGAGGGCGAGAAGUUGCACAGUGAUAGCGGCGUCUUCCUUGAUACACACAGUCUCCAGGAACCCAAUCAUCUGAGCAAAGCCAAGAUUGAACCAAAGCUCUACAUUAACUUGCCACCUCACAAGCAAAGUGAAGUGGAGCGCCUGUUGGCAGACACCAGCCUUGGGAAAGAUUGGCAGCGCCUCGCCAGCCUCUUGGGAUACGAGGAGGAAACCAUUGACACAUUCGGGCGAGGAGAGGAUCCAGUACACACUCUUCUCACUGACUGGUCUUCCAAAGAGAGCUCAACCCUGGAGGUCCUAUGUGCUGCUUUGGUCAACAUGGAACGGGCAGACGUGGUGGAAAAUCUGAACAGCACAAACGAUGCCAGCUCCGUGGUGUAACCUUUGUCCUGCCUUUCCCAAUUCUAUCAAUUGUAUAAACUUCAUUUCAAGAACCUUUUUGUUUAUACUGAUGAAGUAUUCUAAGGAGAAUGAUUUGGCUGAUAUGUCAACAAGUGACCAGGCUAAUGACUGUGACUCUUAAAAGAGAGAGAUGCUGGCGUCUCUUAGUUGAACAUAGGAAUUUUGCCACACCUCCUUUCACCAACUCAGUAUGGCUACUUUGGGUCAGUAGAAGCACUUCUCCUCAGGAUGGUCGGUGCCUUUCUCUUGUUGCCCAACGAAACUGAAGGAUAAACGUUCUCCAACGUACAACCUGCACCAUCAAGCCAGAACAUAUUGUAAAUAUUGUUUAAGCUUAAUUAAGGUUUUUUUUUUUUUAUAUAAGCACCCAAUGAAACUGAAAAUUUACCAGGAUUUGAUCGUUUUGAAGACCUUGCUCACAGACCUUUGAACGAUCUACCCUGACGGGUUGGUUGUACGAUCCAGCUUCAGUAAUAUGGUGCUUUAUCAGUCAUCCCCCCUGGCAAGGGGACGCGAUGUAUGUAGAAAGUGGGGAAACAAAAGGUUUUUUUUUAAUUCUUUUUUUUAUUCUGCAGUCAAAGCAGAUGAUAAAUCAGAAACUGAUCUUAUUAUUUUCUUACCAAGACUUCAUGGUCGACCUAAGAUAGGUCAACUUUUAUGUUUUACCAAAUACACCUAUUGACCCCACUUCAUCCUCCUGUAGUAGAGUCAACGACUGAUCAACACAUUCAGCUUUGGACUGGGGUGUAUUGGGCCCCCUGGGGCUGCCACCUCAAGGGCCCCCACACCCCCUCAGGGGCCUCCAGUCAUCAGCUUCUCCAGGCACAAUACCUGAUGCCCUCCUUCCCCCAACAUGUACCUUUUACAUCUUGCAAUAACCAGUGAGCAAUCGAAGGCAGUGCCUACAGUUUCCAGUUGGGAGCAUGUCUAGGCCAACGGGGCCCACUGGGUUUUUUCCCGGUGUCCCGCUGGCCCAGUCCAACACUGAGCACAUUACAAAGAGGCCUUGUCAAUAGGGAGACUUGUCUUCUCUGUCAUUAUUUAUAUCAGAGCAUUAUAGGAUCCACUCACCUCUACAUGAACAUGAUUGGAUGUUCUUCUGUAUAUUCCUUUAUGUUAAUACAGAAGAGAACAGCAAAACUUCUCUUUUUAAAACAUUUUAAAUGUUUUUUUUUCUUAACUUUCUACGUGUUUUGUUUCAGUUCAGAUAAAGUUCAUUCGAGCUGCGCCGAUGUACAAAAUAUUUAAGGGUUUUAUGGAUGAAGCUGGAAACAACAAUCUGCAUCAAUUUCUAUGGAUAUUUUAUUGUAACAGAAUUCAGUAGGCUGCCCCCAAAGCAAAACAUAAGGGAGAUUGUGCUUGAGGACUUUUUCAUUGUGUGCCUUCUAAACUAUUGUGGAAUAAAAACUCCCUGAAACACUAAAACAAAAAAAAA